AAAAGUUGGCUGACUGAAGUUAAAAUUUGCUAAUGAGUUGAUAAGAAUAUGAUAAUUAUUCGGCGGUGAUAGUAUCGUUACUCAGCGUUAUCAGUCCGUGGUUGGGCCUGCGACCGACGUAAUCACGAAACACGUAUUUGAACCUAUCUGAGGAGAUAAGAAAAACAGUGAUUUAAUUACUUAUAAGAACUCUUAUUACAUUUUAGCCAUGUCUUAUAUAAGGCAUCUGUAUAAAAAUGGCGCUUCCUUGCGGUUGCAAUACCCCGCAAGGUUUUCGCACGCCCAGCAACUUAAAGAGGAUGUACGAAGGAGGGAGAUCAGUAAAGUGCUCAUAGCCAAUAGGGGUGAAAUAGCAUGCAGAGUGAUGAAGACUGCUCGGAAACUGGGUGUGAGGACAGUAGCUGUAUACUCAGAUGCUGACAAGCAUGCUAUGCAUGUUGAAAUGGCAGAUGAAGCAUACCAUAUAGGACCAGCACCGUCAACACAAAGUUAUCUAAAUGCAGCUAAAAUAUUGGAAGUAGCUAAAAAGUCUAAUAGUCAAGCCAUUCACCCCGGCUACGGUUUCUUGUCAGAAAAUGUGGAAUUUUGUGAAAAGUGUGCCAGUGAAGAUGUUAUAUUUAUUGGACCGCCUCCUGCAGCUAUCAGGGAUAUGGGUAUCAAGAGCACAUCAAAGGCAAUAAUGUCUGCUGCUGGAGUUCCUAUCGUUAAAGGUUACCAUGGUGAAGAUCAGAGUAUAGAAAAACUUCAGGCUGAAGCACAGAGGAUCGGAUUCCCUCUUAUGAUCAAAGCUGUGCGAGGUGGUGGAGGAAAGGGUAUGAGGAUAGCAAUGACUGAAGCAGACUUCCUUCCCCAACUGGAAUCAGCUAAGCGCGAAUCUCUUAAAUCAUUUGGCGAUGACAACAUGCUUCUAGAACAGUAUAUAACUGACCCGAGACACGUUGAAGUUCAGGUAUUUGCAGACAUGCAUGGCAACGCGGUGCACCUGUUCGAAAGAGAUUGCUCAGUGCAGAGACGUCAUCAGAAAAUCAUUGAGGAAGCACCAGCGCCAGGUCUUUCAGAAGAAACUCGCAGAUCCCUUGGCGAGGCUGCGGUCCGCGCUGCUAAGGCAGUAGGCUAUGUAGGCGCGGGUACUGUGGAGUUCAUCCUGCACCGACAGACUCACGAGUUCCACUUCAUGGAGAUGAACACCCGCCUGCAGGUCGAACAUCCCAUCACUGAGAUGAUCACUGGAACGGACCUAGUAGAAUGGCAGCUACGCGUGGCGGCUGGCGAGCAGUUGCCCCUAUCGCAGGAGCAGAUCAUCCGCCGCGGCCACGCUGUGGAGUGCAGGAUAUAUGCCGAGGAACCUCGCGCCGGGUUCUUACCCCGCGCCGGCACGCUGCACCGACUCACACAGCCCAUCCCUGAAGAAUUUGUCAGGGUUGAGACGGGUGUGCGUGAAGGACAAGAAGUGUCUGUGCACUACGACCCAAUGAUCGCUAAGCUCGUUGUGUGGGGCCGCGACCGCAGUGAAGCACUCGCCAAGACCAGGGCCAAGCUGUCUGAGUACCAAGUGGCAGGCUUAGAGACGAAUGUAAACUUUUUACUGCGGCUAAGCGGUGCUAGUGCGUUCGUAUCAGGCGACGUGCAUACAGCCUUCAUACCACAGCACGAGGCCGAGCUGUUCCCGCCCAGCGACUCCGUGCUCAGCGAGACGCGCGCCAUACAGGCCGCGCUCGGACAUCUGCUGACCAAUCAACAAGCAAACACUGUCAAAGACAACUGGAAGGGUAUCUCAGUGCAGCCUCAAUCCUGGAGACCCAACUAUGAGCUACAGAAAACUAUACCGCUGAGGUUUGAUGAAAAAGAUCUAAAAGUAACGGUAAAAUACGAAUCCGCUCCAAACUCGUACAGCGUCAAAGUGAAUGAUGGCGAGUGGAGGCAGGUGGAAGCAUCCUUGCAGACCACGGAGAAGGGGCUCCGACUGAACACUCUCAUCGGCGACAAGAAGACCAAUGUCGGUCUAUUGACGUACGACCAAGAAGUUCACGUGUAUGAUGAGAAUGGUCAAACGGUGGUGGAGUUGCCUCGACCUAAAUACCAGGCGAGCAGCGUGGACUCGUCGGCCGCCGCCAACAGUGCGUCCUCGCCCACGCCCGGCGUGCUGGAGAGGGUCCUGGUCAGCAAGGGGGACAAAGUGGUUAAAGGUCAGCCCCUGUUCGUGGUAAUUGCCAUGAAGAUGGAAUAUGUGGUGCGUUCUCCUCGGGACGGUGUGGUGGCUGCCCUGGCACCAUUCAAGCUCGGGGACUCCGUCGGCAAGGGGGCCCAGGUCGUCAUGCUAGAGGGAGACAGCUGAGCGUCAACACAACAGUCACUUCUGCGAAAUAUUAAUAUAAGAAUGCUUUGUCCAACGAACGUUAACGAUAAGUACUACUCACCCAUUUAUUAUCAAACAUAUCUAUGAAACAAAAGUUUGUUAUAACAGAACAAUAGCACUCAAAUUCCCAAAAUUCAUUUCUGUUUAUCGACAAUCUAUUGUACAGUAGAAAGUAAUUUACUGCACAAAAAAUAGAAUGUCGUAACAAAAAAGUUUUUGUUACAUACAGGAAAUAGUUUUGGGAUGUUUUAAGUAAGGAGCGCAUGCCAAAAGUAUUUAAGGAAGAUAUAAACUCGUUGCUGAGUCAAUAGAUCCUAGAUUCUGUUCAGAACAAUAGUCUGGCUCGGUAUUAUUAUGGUCGUAAGAAUUUAGAUUGUGGACGCGUGCCCUUACAAGGUGGGAAGCCCAUCGGUCGGGGAGCUUAUUUAGCACACCGCGACCAUAAUGAAUAAUGUGUAUGAAUGAAUAAUUGUAAUGAGGACAAUGAUUCUUUUGCCAUUCCGUAUUAGUAUGUAUGUAAUAUAAGAUUUAGACAAAUGUUCCCCUUGCCAACCUCUUA